AUGACUGCUGCUCGUCUGUCGCCAGCAGCGAGUCUGCUUCGCAACUCGAAGCUUUUCGCGCUUCCGAAUCCAUUGUCUCUGCCACCCACCGAACCUUCAUCAGAGCCCGUCGCUUUCUCUGAUACAGCGACCACUCCGUAUCCCCUCCGAGCUGCAUUAGAAACUCCGACGACCUCUCUGAAGAGGGGAGAUUGGGGCUUAAAGCGGUCUCUGCCCGUUGAAACCACGACCAAGACCGGGACCCCGACCAUACGGAUACAAAAUGGGAUCGACACUCGCGAGCACAUCGCCGAUUUCGAAUCCGCCGCCGACCAUGUCAUCACUCUCCGCAAAUUCCAUGAGUUGAAUCUGAGAGUGACGCUGCCGGCAACGAAAGACAGGAGGUCAACUUCUCGAACGAGCGUUUUUCACCAUGAAGUGGAUCACACCGCAGCUGAACCUCUUCCGACGCUUGACAAGAAAUAUACUCCCUCUUCUUGGCUUCAUAUGAGCGCGUCUGAGCGUGAAGCUCAACUGCCUCAACAUUUGAAAGAGACCUUGCAGGAGGUCGCGAAGUCGAGAGCACAGACAUCAGAAUCCGAGAGUGCAUCUGCAACUCAACAAGCUUCCGCCCCGUCACUCUCUGCCCAGGCGACGAGAAGAUGGAGAUACUCUGGGCCUUACCUUGCAGGGCUGAAUGGAAUGGAGUUCGAAUCUUUCUUGAAGAAGAUCGAUAGAGAAAGGAAGGCUGAGUUCAGGGCAUAUGUCAAAGGCCACUUGAGCGUGCAGAGAGAUGAACAACAUCGUGCAGCCGCACUGGAAGAGGGCCAAGCUGGUUCAACAGAGCCCGCAGAAGUCACCGAGGAAGAUGUUACAGAAUACCUUCGACACCUGCGAUCAGAGCCAGGCAAAUUCGGUCCGCUCAUUGCCGAAUUUUUCGAUUUGGCGGAUGGACCACGGCCCUCGUCCCAGACGACAGAUCCAUGGUCCUACGGACGUGACACGGUAGCCGCGGAUCCAUACAAGGAAUCGGGGCCACCUCGAACCCAUCCUUCUGCCGGAUUGACAUAUCUCAGCUCGGAGAUGUUCUCGCAGAAUGACAUAAUGGUUGGUCCGCGAGACACGCGACCGCCCGUUCCAGCACGACUACUAAAGUCCAUCCCUACUACGCACAACAGAAACAUUCCGGUUGUGGGUGUGGCAGGAUUCGUUGUCCCGCAGCCGACCCAUACCUCAUUGACCGACUACAACUGGAAAUGGGAACCCACAAAGGAUGGACCUAAGAUGGUUGUCACUCCUACUGCCGCUACGGUGUCGCAAGCUGGCAAGGCCGAGAUCCAGACUCGACUCCAACCAAACUGGCAUUUGGAGGACGAUGUUCCCGUCAACAGCGUUGAAAGAAAACCCAGAGACGACCCCAAUGCAGCCAGAAAGCGCUCUGGGUCGCAAAUCCCACGCCUUGACAAGAACUCCCCUAGACGCCGUUAUUCGAGCUCGAGGCCGCCUCCUGAGCCGAGUCAAGACAUCAGCGAAGAGAUAGAUGCGAUGAUCCGCGCUGCAUCUUCGAAUCCCUUGAAGAAAAAGAUCUAG